AUAACCGGCAUGAUAAUUUUAUUUUAAUUCGUUUUUGUUGAUAGUUCCUUACAGUCUCUCAGGAAAGAAAAUUUCAUCUGGUAGGCGGACAGUCAAGUGAAAAUGGUGUAAAUACCAAACAAAGAAACGAGAAGGCGUGCUUUUUGUCUUAUUCUCACCUUGCUUGUCGCUGUGCAGCGGCAUUCGUGCAGUUCUUGCCGAGUGUAAAACGUCUUCGACACAAUGGACCCAGACAACAGCACAUCCAGUUCAGCAAGUGGCAGUGUGGUUGUAUCCACCAGUCAUAAGCUGGUAGAUCUCGAAUUUCCGAAUUACAGCACCGUCCUGCUGGAGCAUCUCAACCAGCAUCGGGAGGAGGGCAAGUUCUGCGACCUGGCGGUGCACGUAAGAGGUCAGGUGUUCAGGGCUCACAAGGCUGUGCUUGCCGCCUCCUCAUCCUAUUUCCACGACAAGCUGCUGUUGCGCAAUACAGAAGUAAUCACGCUGCCAAGUGUCAUUGAACCCGACGCAUUCGCUGGCCUUCUUGGACUUAUUUAUACUGGGAGGCUACGUGUUACCGUACAGGACAUGCCCAGCUAUCUGCUGGUCGCCAGUGGCCUGCAACUUUGGCAUGUAGUGGACCGCUGUAAAGAAGUGCUGAAGAGAGAAGAAGAGCAGAUCCUGCGGACAAAUAAAAGCAGUUGUGAGAGAAGCAGCACCCCGUACAGACAUUGUUGCUCCACCUCACAGUCACCAAGUAGCAGCCAAAUACUGGUUGGGUCCCGGGACGAGACAUUGGGGUACAGAGAAGCACACCACUCCAUGUUUUCCAGCUCAAGAGGAGUUAAAGCGAGCACAAGUGCUAAAAUGGGCAAAAGCUCAAAUACAAGGGUGGAGAGAGAAGCUCAGUGUCGUUCCUCUUAUUCCAAAAAGCGGGAUCACCAGAAAAGCAUGAAAACCAAGGAGAAAUUGUAUCACAGUACUGAUCGUGAUGAGGAUGACUAUUGCCACAGUAAUGAGAUAACAGUUCACACAGAAGAAGAUGAAGUUGAAGAUUUAGAUGAGGAAGAAACUGAAGAUGAUGAGGUGAUCAAGGUGCAUGUGCAGUCAGAGGAAGAUGAAGAAGAAGAUGAGGACGGGGGUGUUGUUGUGAUGGUGUCUGGUAAAAAAGAAGAAGCGGGUGAAGAUGAUGAUAUCUGCAGUGGCUCAAUUGAUGAAAAUGGACAAAUGGUGGUAAUGGAAGGAGAGCGAAGGAAAGGCAAAGAAUCCAUAUCAGGCUACACCUACAGACUGGUCAACAGUCAGGUUGAUUCGCAAAGCUUGGUGUCCCCUGUGCCUGUUUCUCCUGUUUUCUCAGCUGCUGGGCUGGCCCUGCGAGAGACUGAUGGAGGAGCAUUUUCUAGCCUGGGAGAAUUUCGUUUAGGAGGAAUAGGAACUGUUGGAACUAUGGAAGCUGGAUCUAUUAGUGACCAGAUUUAUGUAAAGCAAGAGAGGGCAGAUGAACAUGAGAACAGCACUACCGCGAUUAGAGGUUCCAAGAGCACAGUAACUAGUAUUAAUGUAGUCAGUUCAGUAAGCAACAGCUCCCAGUUACAUCCAAGUGGAUUUGGUCCAUUUCAAGGGAAUUUUAGAAUAGAAGGACUCAGCACUUCAACUGCCGGUGGAAGUAAUGACUAUUUUCUGCAAAGUACAGAUAGUGGGGGUCCUGGUGUUUCAUCCAAUCAAAGUGGGGAGCCGGUGAGCCUUGUUGUAACCGGUUCUAACUGCCUUGGUUCGGUGGUUGUUGACUCUGCUUCAUUUCCAGAUGGCACUCGAGUUGUCGCUGAUCCUACUGGUUACCCUGCUCAUGCUGUAUCACAGCAGCCCAUGGACAUUCACGGAAAUGAAAUAGUCACACAUGCUUCACUAGGGCAGACCGUUCAUGCUCCUGUCAAGAUUUUGUCAGUGCCACCUGAUGGCAAACGCUUUGGGUGCCUGUGUGGCAAGCGGUUUGCGGUAAAGCCAAAGCGUGACCGUCACAUUAUGCUGACAUUGAGUGUCCGGCCCUUUGACUGUUCUGUGUGUGAAAAGAAGUUUAAGCUAAAGCACCACCUGAAUGAGCACAUGAAGACACACCUGGGUUUCCUGUAUAAAUGUGAGCGAUGUGGCAGGAAAUUCCGCAUGCGCAGUUGUUAUUUGAAACAUGUCCAGCAAGAGGAGGAACAGUUAAAUCUUCAGCAGAACAACUGUGCCAACAAUACACUACAGUCCGAAUACAGUGUAUGACAAUACUUAAUAUGCAGAUCUAAUCGGUUCUGGUUUAGUUCACCAUCAGAAGACUGGUAAUGCAAGUUUGACACAAAAGACAAUUUGUCAUUGAUAUGCUGGCUUCAAAGCUCUGACUUCUUUUUUGCCACUUCAUCUAGAAAAUCUUGGUAUGCUGGAUAUCAUUGUGGCAAAGGUGAAUGUUAGGCAAUAAGCAUAUGCAGAUGGCAUUGAUCUAGAAUGACAAGGUUUUAAGACUAAUAUUAAACUCGCUUUUGUGCCUUAUGUUCAAUUCUAACUCUCCAGUGGUAUGUACUAGUACAUAUUAGAAAUGCAAUUGUGUGGUAGAAUGCCUGCUCUGUUUAUGUGAACCAGACGUUUGGAGCACUUCACCUAUUAUAAGAAGCACUUAGAUUACAGCGACACAUUUUAAUCUUUGAGUAGCGGUAAAUUGAGGGAUUUCUGCAGGAAUAUAGAGUGAUCCAGAUUUGAAUGUUAUGGUGUUUAGACCAGUUCCUUUAACUUUAAAUCACUGGUUCACCCUAGGUAUGGCGUCCAUUUUAGGACAUUCUCUACCCUGCUGAAAAAAAAAGUCAUUCCUUUCCCUUGCAAAACUACACCCUCCCCCGAUAUCUGCCAAAACGGAAUCCAUCCUCCUGCUCCCUGCGGCAAAACUCUAUCCUCACUCCUUAAACACAUCUGCUUACAAUAUGUACUGUAUGUGCAUAGCCAUACUUUAAAGCUUGAAUGGGAUAGAUGCCAAAGAUCUGUGCUGGUAUCUGGAAGGUCACUGGUUCAAAUCCCGUUACUGCCAAAAGGGAUCCUACUCCAUUGGGCCCUUGAACAAGGCCCUUAACCUGAAAGUUGCUCCAGGGGUGCUGUAUAAUGACUGGCCUUGCACUCUGACCCCUCAAAGAUCAUGCAAAAAGACCAUUUCUGUUCGGGGAUUAAUAAAGUAUAUAUCAAAUCAAAUUGAUUAAAAUAUUUGAAAUAUGUGUUACCAUCCUAUAAUGCACAGUAUACUACCCAAAUGGUAAACAGAAAAACAUGCGCUUUUUUAAAUGUUAUGAAAGCAAAUCUAAUUUUACACUUUAAAUCAUGUAUAAUUUGCAAAAAACAGAUUAUAAAAAUGCAAAUUACAAUGUUGUAUAAGCAAUAUAGAGCAAUAAAGCUGCAGUAUGCAGGAGAAGAACGUUUAACGAAGAUGUAUAUGAUUGGCUGCCUACAAUGUAAACAUGAAGAGGAGGGUGUAGCCUGAAAUAAAGACUGACAGACGCAUAGCUCCUUUAUAAUGACUGGCUGGUAGUAUACAAUUGGGUGAUGUAACAAACUUAUUGCUGGCCACCACGCUCCUUUCUGAAGCCAUUUUGUCAGAGUGAGGAGGAUUUCCUAAAAUAGAUUUUUAAUUUUUCUGACGCUAUUUUAGAAGCUCUGAGAGACCUGUGUCAAAUCCUGGCAGAUCUGGAAAGAAAGAGAAAUCGAUAUUGAAUGGGCCAUCACAGAGCACAUUCAUGCACACACCAGCACUCACUUAUACUGGGCAAAUUUAGAAGCACCAGCAAGAUUACAACUAAUGUCCUGGAGUAUGAGGCAGCAGCGCUAAGACAUUAGUCCCCAUUAUGCCCUAUUUAUCUUGUAUAAUUAUUUAAUUAGUUGCCUUGUGUCUGUUCUUAUCCUGUAGAGUCAUAAAAACACAUCAUUGUGUGGUCCAAAAUGAGUACAAAAUGUAACAUGUUGGGUGCUGUCCCAUUUUUCUUAUUGGUGUAUGCAGAUCUAGAAAAUGGAUUAAGAUGUUGUUUGAAAGUGUUUUAGCACAUGAUCAAGGUAACAAGCACUGCUGGGUUAAUAUCCUGGCUAAAUCACUAUUUGUGGCGUUUCCAUUUUCUUACUACAUCUCUGGGAAUGUUCUCCUGGUACUCUGGUUUCCUUCCGCUUACCUUAGUCUCUGAACUGGUUAAGUAUGAGCUAGAGAGUACGUUUUGGUGUGUGAGUGAGCAGAGGCUGGGUGGCAUGUCCACAUUUUAUUCCUACUUUACAUGUGAUGCUGCCUGGAUAGCCUCUGGCCUUGCUCAUUUAUUGAAACAGGUAGAUUCAGAAAAUAAAUGAAUACUGUUUCCGCACACAGGCCUUCAUUUGUGGUUUUUAUUCUUUCAACAAUUCAGUUUCAAUUACAGUAAUUUUAAAGCGACAAAAAGCAGCAGGCAAUUCUAAAAAAACAAUGUACUCAAAACCAGAGGUGCUGAUUUAGUUCCAUUUAUUCUUGUGUACUCCUGCAAGGAUUUUUUAAAAUUAACCAAUCAUUGGUGGCUUUAUGUUAUUUAUUUAUUUUUUUUAUUAUUUUUGGAUUGAUGCCUUAAAUGUAUAAAUGAGCAAUUAACAUUGGUGUUUGUCCUUUCAGUUACCUUCAGAGUCCAGUAGUAGUUCUUAAGUAGCAGUCAUUAGAACUAUCAGAACAAAGUUGAAGAUCCCUGGCAGAAGAAUAGUUAGUCAAUCACCUAUCAAGUUGACUUUAUUAUAUUCCAGAAUUACUAAGUGGAAUAUUGAAUUGAAUAAAGUACAAUUCAAAUGUGUUUCACAUAACUUUCUGCAUAUGAUUUGAUAUUAGAAUGUUACUACAUCAACAUUUGUCUGUAAAAGAAAAAUAA